AAGAAGAAGAACAAACGAACGUGUGUGCUUUGGAUCGUUUCACAGAAGCAUGGCUAGUUGUGAACAGGUGGCCGCAAUAGGACGAGUCCUGGCUGACCCAGGAAGGGACCUGGCCUGCCGCUUCAGAGCUCUCUUUACUUUGAGGAAUCUUGGAGGUGCCGAAGCUAUUGAGUGGAUGAGCAGGACGUUCACAGAUGAGUCUGCCCUUCUGAAGCAUGAACUGGCCUACUGUCUGGGACAGAUGCAGGAUAGGCGGGCCAUACCCAUUUUGAUUUCAGUGCUUAAAGACACCAAGCAAGAGCCUAUGGUCCGACAUGAAGCAGGGGAGGCUCUUGGAGCCAUUGGUGACCCUGGGGUCCUGGAUCUCCUGAAAGAGUACAGUCUGGAUCCGGUCAUCGAGGUGGCAGAGACGUGUCAGUUGGCUGUUGGAAGGCUGGAGUGGCUGGAGACCCAAGAAGAGAAACCCUUGGAGGAUGGAAGCACAGACCAGAAUCCUUACUGCUCGGUGGAUCCGGCCCCCCCGGCAGUAAGGAAGAGUGUGCCAGAGCUACGCUCAUGUCUUUUAAAUGAGAGCCUGCCACUAUUUGACCGCUACCGGGCCAUGUUUGCACUGCGUAACCUGGGCGGUGAGGAUGCGGUGCUGGCACUGGGAGAAGGCCUGCAGUGCUCCAGCGCUCUGUUUCGGCAUGAGAUCGGCUACGUUUUGGGUCAGAUGCAGCACCCUGCGGCGGUCCCAGCAUUGUGUGCGACUUUGGAGCAUCCUGGGGAAAACCCCAUGGUCCGGCACGAGGCAGCCGAGGCGCUCGGAUCCAUCGGCAAACAGGAGUGUCUGGCAGUGCUGCAGCAGUACCUCGGAGACGGAGAGCGUGUCGUCAAAGAGAGCUGUGAAGUGGCUCUGGACAUGCUGGAGUAUGAAAAUAAUGACCAGUUUCAGUACGCGGAUGGACUCGUCAGGUUGCAGGUUUGAAGGACAUCACGGCUCAGAGAGUACAGGGAUCAAGAAGACGUCCUGUGAAGGUCCUCUGGCUUCACGUGGGACAUUGAGACCAUGUUGCCGAAUAACAGUCAAGACAUAAAAUAUGUAGUUAAAAAAAAUCUGAGGCCCAAACUGGACUUUGGAGGUCCGACAGACUCUGAACUCGGGGACAUUGGAGCUUCUUGUGUUUGUGGAAAACUGAAGUGUCAAUCUAAAUGUUUGCUUAAAGCACUUUUUGAAACCGUGUCCAGCACUGAGGUUCUUCACUCAUUCAUUUCAGACUAUUUAUUCCUUCAUUUUCUACACCCAC